UGAAAGUGAAAAGAAAAAAGAAAAAAGAAAAAAGAAAAAAGAAAAAAAAAAUCAAACUUCUCUUGUUUUUCAACCCUCUUUAAGCACAUUUCUUGAUCUUCCAUUGUUCAAACGUUAAAAGCUGUUUCUUCCAUUAGUCAACAAUGGUUAAUCGUAAAUGAUCUUCCCCAUUUUCUCUCUGCGGCUAUAAACCCCAAAACCAAAUUACCUCACCGCCGAUUCUUCUUCCUCCAAGAAAUCAGAAGAUUCUCUAAUGGAAAAGUGGUAGAAUAUCAUCAAUUACGCCGACCCAUUUCCCCUUUUUCCCUUAUCUUCAGCCCCACCAUCGAUGCCGGAAGGUUUUCGUCGGAGAAGUUGCAGAAACCCUAGCCUUUGAAGUUUCUGGGUACUCCCAUUUCUGAGAUUCUUGUUCAAAGCUAAGGGAAAUAGAUUCUGAGUGUAGAUUUUCCCACAUUUUCCCGAGAAAAAAAUGUCCCAUCUCGAUAACAUUCCUUCCACUCCGGGGAAGUUUAAGAUGGAAAAAUCGCCGUACGUUCAUAGACUCCGGUGGCAUUCAUCGUUAACUAAGCUUACAUUCUGGUCCUUAGUUAUCCUUGGUUCGAUCUUGAUCUUCUUCUUCAGAUCGCCGUCGUCGUCGCCGCUGCCGUCCGAUCCUUCCCGCCGAUCGCUGAGUACUUACGAUUGGGGGGGACCCGCUUGGGAGAAAAGGGUUUGCUCAUCGGCUCGAGUUCGGUCUCGUAAUGGGAUCUCUGUUCUCGUCACCGGCGCCGCUGGAUUCGUCGGAACUCACGUCUCUGUGGCGCUGAAACGCCGAGGCGACGGCGUCCUUGGUCUCGACAAUUUCAACAACUACUACGAUCAAUCCCUAAAACGAUCCCGUCAAGCCCUUUUGGAACGCACUGGCGUGUUCGUUGUUGAAGGCGAUAUCAACGAUUCGGCUCUGUUGAAGAAGCUUUUUGAAGUUGUUCCGUUCACUCAUGUGAUGCAUUUGGCUGCUCAGGCCGGCGUCAGGUACGCUAUGGAAAAUCCUAGCUCUUAUGUCCAUAGCAACAUAGCUGGCUUAGUUAGUCUUCUAGAGGUCUGUAAAUCUGCAAAUCCACAGCCUGCAAUUGUUUGGGCAUCUUCUAGUUCUGUUUAUGGAUUGAAUACUAAAGUACCCUUCUCGGAGAAGGAUCGGACCGAUCAACCGGCGAGUCUGUAUGCAGCAACAAAGAAGGCUGGAGAAGAGAUUGCACACACUUAUAAUCAUAUCUAUGGACUUUCAUUGACAGGGCUGCGGUUCUUUACUGUUUAUGGACCUUGGGGAAGACCUGAUAUGGCUUAUUUCUUUUUCACUAGAGAUAUUUUGAAAGGAAAGUCAAUUCCCAUCUUUGAAGGUGCUGAUCAUGGCACUGUGGCUAGAGAUUUCACCUACAUUGAUGAUAUUGUGAAGGGUUGUUUGGCAGCUUUGGACACUGCUGAGAAGAGCACUGGUAGUGGAGGGAAGAAGAAGGGACCGGCACAGCUUCGGGUUUUCAAUUUAGGGAAUACGUCGCCGGUUCCGGUAUCAGAUCUUGUGAGCAUUUUGGAGAAGCUUUUGAAGGUGAAAGCAAAGAGGAACCUAAUGAAGUUGCCAAGGAAUGGCGAUGUUCAGUUUACUCACGCCAAUAUCAGCUUGGCUCAGAGGGAACUUGGAUAUAAGCCAACCACAGAUCUGCAGACCGGGCUGAAGAAGUUUGUCCGGUGGUAUAUGAAUUAUUAUUCACAAGGGAAGAAGGCUGCUGGUUAGCGGGAUUUUUCGGCAUUUACACGGUAGGCUACUUUGAUUCUUGUUCAUUAUGAUUCGUAUGAUUGAUUGGUUUGACAUUUCUAUGUUCAUUGCUAUGAUUGUCUUUCAAUUUAUAUUAAUGGAAUGACAUACAAGGAGGAACCUUUUACUACUCCCAUCACUGAAGUUUUUUGUCGUUCGAUAUUGUUUACCGAGAACUUCGAAAGCUAUUAUUCGAAGAAUUCCAGGCACAUCUUUUCUCCUUUUGUUGACGGAAUGUAAUUGUUGUAGCUUUACAAUUGUAGAAUUUAUGACUGAUAAAGCCAUUUCAUGAUUUGUGGACCUGUAUCAAUCUUGUGCAACUUAAUAAAAAUAGCACAAAAUAGUUUCUAUUACCGUUUCUU